AUGCGGUGGAAUUGGGUAGCUGCUGUCGCAAGUGCGGCUUGCGUCUCUUCACACGCAACUCAUCAUGUGGAAGACCAACAAGCCUUUUCCCAAGACCGACUAGAUGAAUUGGAGAGGAAGUGGGGUACAGAUUGGGGUUUCUCUGGCAUCUCAACUUUCGCUCACCUACCGCAUACGCGCUGCUUGACACACCCAGAGACGACCUACGACAUUGCCAUUCUCGGUGCGCCUUUCGACACUGCCGUCUCCUACCGACCCGGUGCUCGAUUCGGACCCCGUGCAAUCCGCGCCGGCUCAAGCCGUCAGACGUCCUUCCGAGGCUUCAACCCCCGAGCCAACCUCAACCCGUACACGUCAUGGGCGAAGAUCGUAGACUGCGGAGACAUACCAAUCACGCCCUUCGACAACACGUUGGCGUUGAAACAAAUGAGCGAGGCCUUUCUCGAGCUGGGAAAAAGACCUGCGACGGAGAAGAGCACGGAGAGUGGGGUGCAGUAUCUCAAGAAGCCAAAGCUGCUGACUCUUGGCGGAGAUCACAGCAUUGCACUUCCAGCUCUGAGGGCGUUGAAGGAUGUAUAUGGGCAGCCGAUUGCCGUGGUACACUUUGACGCCCACUUGGAUACCUGGCAUCCGGCGAAGUACCCGUCCGCUUGGAUCGACCAAGAAGACCCUUCUACACAGUCGUUCUUCAAUCAUGGCAGUAUGUUUUGGAUUGCAGCCACUGAGGGUCUGAUUGCAAACGACUCGAGUGUACACGCGGGGCUGAGGACGAGACUGUCGGGUGAUGAACCAGAGGACUAUACCGACGACUCGCAGCAAGGCUGGAUUCGCAUCGCAACAGACGACAUCGAUGAGAUUGGUGUAAAGGGCGUCAUCACCUCGAUCAUGAACCGCGUGGGCACAGAGAUGCCCGUCUACCUCAGCAUCGACAUCGAUGUGAUCGAUCCUGGACUCGCACCGGGCACGGGCACACCUGAACCAGGCGGCUGGACUACGCGUGAGCUCAUCCGCAUAUUGAGAGGUAUUGAGGGCAUGAAUGUUAUCGGUGCAGAUAUUGUGGAAGUCAGUCCUGCGUAUGACGGCGCAGCAGAAACGACAGGAAUGGCAGCGGCGCAGGUCGCGUACGAGGUACUUACGAGUAUGGUACGGAAAGGCCUUAUCGAACAGGCACGAACGAAGGUCACGACAUACGAGGACAAGGAUGAGUUGUAG